UUAGUGGCUGGAUGCCUAGAUACUUCUCCCGUCUCUUUUUCCCUUCCCAUUCACAGCGGAAACGUUUGUUUCAACAAAUACGAACGUCCGUUAAAGUUUUUUGUAGUGGAAUAGAAAAACAAUUUUCUCAUUGUCUUCCGGUGUAUUGCUUAGAAAUCGGUUUCUCUUGGCUUUCUGUUGUGGUUCACCGCUCUCGGCUCGGUGAUCUGUCACUCUACCGAAAUUAGGAGGAUAAUGGAACAAUUUCAUUUUGACAACGACGAUCUCGACUACUUUGGCGAUGAUUACUAUGACGCUGCUGAUUUUGUUCAUGACAAUCCUUUUAGUGACGUCGAGUCGCUUGGACACAGUAAUUCCGAGUCCUUGGACUCGGACUUCGAAGAUGACUUUGAAAUGAGUAUUUCAAAGACAGAUACGUCUGCUUUAGAAGCAAGAAACGGAAAAGAUAUACAAGGAAUACCUUGGGAGAGGAUGAAUUAUUCCAGAGAUAGGUACCGUGAGGCUAGAUUGAAGCAGUACAAGAAUUACGAGAACCUCUCCCUUUCACGUGAAGAGCUUCAGAAGGAGUGCUUGGUAGUUGAGAAGGGAAAGGCCUUCUAUGACUUUCAGUUCAAUACAAGAAUUGUCAAGACAACAAUUGUGCAUUUUCAGGUAGUUACUGUGGUCAUUUCUCUCAGUUAUUUGAUCAUUCAACUUUCUUUGAACACAAUCAUUUCAGUUUAGGACACAGCAUCUCAUUACUUUGAUUUCAAUUUUUUAUUUUAUUUUUCUUGAGUCGCCACUUGCAGUGAAGUAUAGAAAUUCAUGUUACUCUUGUGUUUUUGUUUUUCCUAUUUGUUACAAAUCCUUUGCAUUGUUUGCCGUAGUAAUUUUUGGUGUUGCCUUAAAUAAUUGAUAAAUCUUAUCCAUUCCAAAAAUUGAUAAAUUGCAUCCACUGUAUCACUGCAUUCGAACUUAGUUAUAUUGAGGAGUUUGGGUUAUGGAUUUAUGGAUUAUGAGUAGUCUUUUAAAAACUUAUUUUGAACUCUGGUUAAAAGCAUGUCAUACUAGUCUGUAUAAGUUUUGCAGGUCUUUUGAAUAUUUUAUCAUUAUUUUUCGAAAUUAUUAUCUAUGAUGCUAGCUUUGUUCCUCGAUCAUUCAUUAGAAGGUAUGGAGCUUGCUUUUACACUAGGUUUCAAUCAAAUAUCUUAUUUACUGAGAGAUGCAACUUGCAUUACCUACAGCUAAUUUAAGUUGUGAAGAAAUGCUUCUAACUAUUCUUAUCCACCAUUUUCUGGACCCAUAUUUUUUUAUGCAUGCAAAAUCAAAGUGCCCUUCUGAAUUAAGAUCAGGUUUAUAUUCACUGGGUCCCUUUUUUGCAGAUUUUGUGAAAGGACGCUUACUUUAUACAUGCAUAUUUGGUAAUGGUUCAUAAUUGAAAUAAUGUUAUUUCACCAAAUAUUUCCUAUGGCAUAAUUUUCAAUGGACAAAUGAUUUGAUGCCAAGUUACAGGUAUCAACACAUCAUUGCUGUGAAUGGCUUGGCAUCUUGGAUGAUGUUCUUAUGUGAUUCUAUGAGACAGUUUAAUUGUAAUACAGCUUUUUUAUAAAACAACCUUUUGCAACUUUUACAGGGUUAACACACCAAGAUAAUUAUUGAAAAUACCCACACAUGCGCAUGCAUGCACAUUAAAUGCAAUAAAUUAAAAUCUGGAUUAAGCUUACUAGUCGUCUCUAGUUUUGUGUAAAGAUCAGUUUGAAAUCAUGGUAACGUAAUCCAUUUAUAUAGCUAUUAUAAAUUUUCUGUUAUCUGUAAAAUUUUAUUCUUCAGAGUUAGAACGCUUAAAAAUGAUUAGGUUGGAUAGAUGGACGACUGCUUGACCAUAGGUCUUUUUAUUUAUUGUCAAUCUGAUAACAUCAGUAUAAGACCAGCUAACAGAAGUCUUCUAUUAACAGUGUGCUAUUUGAUGAUGCGCUUAUUGCCAUCUUUGCUGUUGGUGUUUUAUCAUAAAAUGUGAAUAUUUGGUCUAUUCUGUAUGAUGUUAUUUAUCUUAGCUUUAUGAUGAUGUGUAGUUUUGAACGUAUUGCUUCUAAUUGUCUGUUAACUAUAAUUAUAUGGAUUUAACCCUUGUGGCAUUUAGGACCGCAAUCUUUCUCUUAUUUCAGCCUGUAAAGCAUGGUGGACUUAAAUCUGAGCACAGCUGGCGCCAUAAGGAUACAUUGUUUAUAUGUUGAGGAAUUUGUUAUGGGCAACAUCAAAGCAUGAUGUGUAUCUUAUGCAGAAUUAUUCUGCAAUGCAUUGGUCUCCAUUGCGCCGAAAGGGCACAGAGGUGCUGAAUGUGGCAAAGCCAAUUGUUCCAACUUUGAAACGCCCUGGACUGCUGGCUCAGUCUCUAAACAGAGUGCAGAUAAGUACAAUGGCAGUUACAGAAAAUUUGUUGGUAGCUGGUGGUUUUCAGGGGGAGCUUAUUUGCAAGUAUCUUGAUCAAACUGGGAUAGCAUUCUGUACAAAAUUAACAACAGAUGAAAAUGCCAUCACCAAUGCAGUGGAUGUUUACCGUAGCCCCAAUGGCUUAUUGAGGGUUAUGACUGCAAACAAUGAUGCUCAAGUUAGAGUAUUUGAUACUGAAAAUUUUGCUUGCCUUAAUUGCUUCUCAUUUGAUUGGUCUGUUAAUAAUACCUCUGUUAGUCCAGAUGGCAAGUUGUUUGCUGUCCUAGGGGACAGCACGGUGUGCUUAUUAGCUGAUACCCAGUCUGGGAAAGUCACUGGGAACCUUGAAGGACACCUGGACUAUUCAUUUGCUUCAGCUUGGCACCCAGAUGGAAGAAUUUUGGCUACUGGUAAUCAAGACACUACUUGCAGGCUUUGGGACAUAAGAAACCUAUCCCAAUCAUUGGCUGUGUUGAAGGGAAAUAUGGGGGCCAUUAGAGCUCUGAAGUAUACCUCUGAUGGCCGGUUUCUGGCCAUGGCAGAACCAGCAGACUUUGUUCAUAUCUUUGACACAGGGUCUGGAUAUACCAAGUGCCAGGAGAUUGAUUUGUUUGGGGAGAUUGCUGGAAUAGCCUUCAGCCCUGGUGCGGAAGCUCUAUUUGUCGGCAUUGCUGACCGUACUUAUGGUAGCUUGUUGGAGUUCAACAGAAAGCACUACAACCAAUAUUUGGACUCCAUAUUCUAGUGGAGUGUGCUUUUAAGGCAACCACUCCUAUGGAGGCAUGUAUAUUGAGCGAAGUGUUGAUAUUUCAUUUUUGAAGUGUGUUUAAUGGCAUAGUUUACUGUGUGUAUAAUGGGAUUUAUGGAAUUUCCUCCCUUAAGACUGAAAUUGUCGUCUACUUUGGCUUAAGGAAGCUAUCUCUGGGAAGGUGAUUUUCUGAGCCGACAGAAAUGGAAAUAUCAGUUUUGCUCCAUUGUAUAGCACUUUUAUGGAGCUGCGUUGUGUAUAUUUUGAAACAUUAUUUUCAAUUCAUUUAUGAACAAUUAGUAGCUUCGUCUAA